UCCAGGAUGAGCAGCGCAGCUCCCCCCGGCCUGGAGGGCAGGGUCAGGAAAACGCUGCGGAAGGUUUUUGGCUUCGAGUCCUUCAAGACUUCCCUGCAGGAGAGUGCGACCAUGACUGUGGUGAGAGGCGAGAAGGAUGUCUUUGUGUGCAUGCCCACAGGGGCAGGGAAGUCCUUGUGCUACCAGCUUCCUGCAGUGCUGGCAGUGGGCAUCACCAUUGUCAUUUCACCUCUGAUUGCCCUGAUUCAGGAUCAAGUGGAUCACUUGCUGGCUCUGAAGAUCAAAGCCUGCUCUCUGAACUCCAAGCUUUCUGCCCAGGAAAAGAAGACCAUCCUGGCUGACUUAGCAAGUGAGAAGCCCAAAGUAAAACUCCUGUACAUCACCCCAGAGAUGGCAGCUGCCUUUUCCUUCCAACCCACGCUCAACUCCCUGGUGUCCCGAAACCUCCUGUCCUACCUGGUCAUCGAUGAAGCUCAUUGUGUGUCCCAGUGGGGACACGAUUUCCGCCCCGACUACCUGCGGCUGGGCAGCCUGCGCGCCCGCAUCCCCGGCACACCCUGUGUUGCCCUGACUGCCACUGCCACCAAGCAGGUCCAGGAGGACAUUGUGGCAGCACUUAAGCUAAAGCAGCCACUCUCCACAUUUAAGACUCCGUGCUUCAGAUCUAACUUGUUCUAUGAUGUGCAGUUCAAAGAGCUCCUGACUGAUGCAUAUGCCAACCUGAAGGACUUCUGUCUGAAGGCACUUCAAGUGAAGGACACCACUGGGGUGUACUCUGGUUGUGGCAUCGUGUACUGCAGGACGAGGGACGUGUGUGACCAGUUGGCUAUUGAGCUGAGCUACCGAGGAGUGAAAGCCAAGGCCUAUCAUGCAGGACUCAAGGCAGCUGAGAGGACUUCAGUCCAGAAUGAAUGGAUGGAGGAGAAGAUCCCUGUUAUUGUUGCAACCAUCAGUUUUGGAAUGGGAGUAGACAAAGCAAAUGUCAGAUUUGUUGCUCACUGGAACAUUGCUAAGUCAAUGGCUGGAUAUUACCAAGAAUCUGGGAGAGCUGGGAGGGAUGGGAAGCCAUCCUGCUGCCGCCUCUAUUACUCAAGGAAUGACCGGGAUCAAGUCAGCUUCCUGAUCAAGAAGGAGCUCUCUAACAUCCAAGAAAAAAAAGGCACCUUAAAGGAAUCUGACAAGGCUGUGAUGACAGCUUUUGAUGCCAUUGUGAACUUCUGCGAGGAGCUGGGAUGCCGCCAUGCUGCCAUAGCCAAGUACUUUGGUGAUGUCACCCCACCUUGCAACAAGUGCUGUGAUUACUGCAGGAACCCAGGGGCAGUGAAGAGGCAGCUGGAGUCAUUGGAGCACUGCAGCAACAGCUGGAGCAAAACCUGCAUCGGGCCCACGGGUUCCUCCUGGGAUAGCUAUGACCCAGAGCUGUAUGAAGGAGGGAGGAGAGGCUGCAGAGGUUUUAGCAGGUACGAUGAAGAAAGCAGUGGGAAUUGGGAUGAAGAUAAUGAAGAGAGUCGGAAACGGGAGUGGAACAACUUCUACAAAAAGCAGAUGAGUCUGCGCAAGGGCAAAGAACCAGAAAAGGAAGAUUUUGUUCCUCCAAGUGCAGACUGCCCCUUGAAGGACGCCUCCAGCAGGAGAAUCUCUAAGCUCACAGUGAAGGGACGGGAACACUGCUUGAAGAUGCUGGAAGAAGCCUUGAGCACCAAUCAAAAGGUUCCAGCAGAAGGAGGAAGAGGGUCAGACCCUCAUGCCUGUGCUGUGGAGCUGGAGUAUGAAGCUUUCCGAACUAGUAAAAUGGCAAACUCAUACAAGGCAACGGUGCUAAAGAAGCUAGCAGAAAUCAACAAAGCCUCAAAACAAGGAGAGCUGUUCUCAGUCUUUGGGUCUGGAACUGGUGGCAGCAGCAGCUUGGAAACAAAAUCUGGGUCUCCAGCAGAAGAGGACUUUCUCCCUGCAUCCCAGGUUUACUCAUUCAAACCCAAGCGUGUGGGAGCAGGAUUUCCAAAGAAAUCCAGUGUGUUCCAGACAGCUUCAGAACUGCUGAAGAUCCAGGAGGAGAGUGAUACAAAGCCUGUCAAAAAAGAAGUAGAUUGUCUAAAUGGGCAAGACAACAGCACCUCUAGUCUGGAACUGGACACCAGAAACUCUGUUCUCCAGAAGAAAAAAGUGGCAACCAAAGCAACGUGUGAAAGUGCUGGGGUAGAGGUAUUCCUUCCUGAAAAGAAGGAACAGAGACGCAGUCCAGACACAAAAGCUGCCCUUUGGGAGAGUCCUACUAAGAAGUCCAAACCUAGCAAGAAGCAGCAAAUGCUUGCAGAAGCAGCUAAAAAAGAAUCACAGGAUAUUUCCAAAUUUUUCUCUGUCUCCAAAGGUGGGUCUAAAGCCAAAAGUUGCAGCUCAGCAAAGGGAGAUGGCUGUUCUGCAAGCACAGUACCUCAGGUUUCUUCUCAAAGCAUAUGUCAAGAGAAAGCAGAACCUCAGGAAAACAACAGUAUCUCUAGAGAAGAUAUGACUGGACAGUCCCAGGCAGCAAAUGAUGAACUGGAAGAGACAGAAGUAACCCUGAAUGAGAGAAGAGAGGAUUUUCAGACCCAGCAGACUGCUGAAUCUGAACUCCUUCAGGAAGAAAUUGAUGUAAAAUCCAGUGUUGCUGAAAAUGUUUCAGAAACUGAGCUAACUGUUGUUGGGGAAGGUGAAUGUGGGAAGCGACCAGGAUCAGAUGAGGAUCUGGAAAGCCCUGCAGCAAAGCGGCUACGGACAGUGGCAAAAUCUUCAAGUCAGUCCCAGUCAGAAAGCAAAACAAAGAAGAAGGUGACUUUUGAUCCAAACUUAUCAGAGUGUGAUAAAGAAGGAACAAGCAAGUCCAUACAGCCAGUGACCAAAAGCACAUCCCUCAAGGACACAGCAGACAUUGUUGUCAAAUGUUUGACUCCAUUCUACAAGGGUGGCAAAUUUGCUUCCAAGGAUCUGUUUAAGGGCUUUGCUCGGCACCUGUCUCACCUACUGACUGAAGAGCAGAACCCUGCCCGCAAGACUGUGAAGGAGGAAGCACAGAGACUCAUCAAAGAGUUUUUUAAAACAAGGGUCAGGUGUGAAAGUGAGACAGAUUGGCAGGAGCUGCAGAGCUCAGAGAGCUGA